GUCCGCAAAAAGACAUUGAAGAUUAAAUUCCAAUUGAUCAGCUAUGGCCUCUCGAUCUCUGGGCCUCGCACCGUCCCUCCGCUCCUCCCAUAUCAUCCGCAGCUCUACGCUCGCUGCCGCUCGCUCCUUCCAUGUCACCCAAGAAGCAGUGACCUCCAUCGACGUCAACGAGUCCGUCCGCGCCGUACCGAAACUGAGCGGUGCCGGGCCCUUCGCGGCAGAGACUACAAUGCAAGUCAUCGGGAGUAGUGCGAGUCUGCUGAGUGUGAGCGUUCCGGCGAGUGCGCCGUUGUAUACGCGACGAGGGACCUUGGUCGGCAUGAACGGGAAUCUGGAAAACACUACGAGUACAUUGUCCCUAACCCAAUCCCAAGGCCCUGCAACCCCCCUCCACCGCCUCUCCCUCGCCCAACCCUUCCUCUACCAUAAACUCACGAGCACGGCCCCCUUCUCCGCACUCAUCUCUACCAAAUCACAGAUCUCGUCGUUUUCGCUGCUCACGCUCGAUGGACGCGUUGAUUGGGUUGUUGCGAAGCGGGAUGCGUUGUUGGCGUGGACCGGGUCGGCACUCGUUGUGAAGCCGAGGGCAAAUCUGCGAGGUGGCAUCGGAGCAUGGUCCCAGACUCUCUUGACAGGCCGCGGCCAAGUCGCCCUCACAGCCCCCGGUCAAAUCUUCCAAAUCAACCUCGAAGCCGGUGAAUCAUACCUCCUCUCCCCCUCCAACCUCCUCGCAUACUCCGCUACCUCCUCUUCCCCCUCCUCUCCAACUCCCUAUCGUCUCCAAUCGUCCGCCCAGCGAAUGUUCAACCUCCAAGUUCCGUCAUUGUCGGGCUUAGUCAAAAUCCCCGAAUCAGACUUUUUGUCACAGGUACAGACGAGCACUGCAUUCAAGACCGCGGCGAAAUUAUGGACGAAAGCACGCGCGUGGACGCGGAGAACGAUCUACGGCGACAAACAAUUCCAGAAAUUCGAGGGUCCGGCGACGAUUUUGGUUCAGUCUCGUGCGAGGGGGUUUACCGACAUUAUCUCCACGCGUCAGGUUAGUGAGAUGGCUGAACUCACGCCUGGGGCUGCACAAAGUCUCGAAGCACGAUUCACUACCUCUGCUACUGGAAAGGAUGAACUUGAGGAGAGCAAUAGGGAGAGUGAGAGGGCAAAUUAUGCGGGGACUUUGAAGGUUGCGACGGUGAAGGAUGGACGAGUGGUUUUGGAGGAUACGCCGAAUUUUGAGGAGUUUGUUCCGAGGCGGUAAGGGUGUAGGGCGUGGGUGGGAUGUGGAAAAGUAAGAUAAAGGUACGAUUGAAAAAGCAAAGCAAUAUAUAUACCCAUCUCACGUG